CACUGCCCCACUGCUAUAUAAAAAAAAAAGUCCCUCCGGGCCGGCGCUCCAGUCUUCAGUUUUCAACCUUCCUACCUGGCGCUGCCACUGCCGCUGCGCUCGCGCUCGUCUCUUUCACUGUCGUUGAGAGCGCGGCUGCCUACCUACCUACCUACCUACCUACCUACCUACCUACCUGCCUGCCUGCCUGCCUGCCUGCCUGUCUUCCUGCCUGGCUGGCUGGCUGCCGUCGCUGUGCUACGCACGUUUUGGACUUUCGUGUUGGUAACUUCUGGAUGCAGCUCGGAGGCGCCAUGGCGCGCUGCCUGCUGGCCGCUCUACUCGUCAUCCUAAUGCGAGCGCUCACCACGGAGUCGUCCGGCGUGUUCGAACUGAAGAUCGAGUCGCUGACGCGCACGGGCACGGGCACGAGCGCGCCGCUGUGCCGAACGCCGUCGCGCGUGUGCCACCUCUUCUUCCGGGUGUGCCUCAAGCAUGCACAGGACGUCAUCGACCCCAAGCCGCCCUGCACGUACGGGACCGCGCUCACCGAGAUCCUGGCCACUGACCCGGGCUCCAUCGGCGGGAGCGAUCCCCUUCGGGUGCCCUUCCACUUCAAGUGGCCUGGAACUUUCUCUUUGAUCUUGGAGGCCUGGACUGCCGAGUCUUCCGAACUCGACUCCGCAGAGAACCAGAACAACCUGAUCAGCCGCCUGGCGUCACGGCGGCAGCUGCGUGUAGGCGAGGAUUGGUUACAGGACGUCCACUUUGGCGAGCGCGGCAGCCGUGUGCAUUACGCGUACCGCGCCGUGUGCGACCAGCACUAUCACGGCGACGCCUGCGCUGCCUUCUGCCGGCCCCGAAACGACACCUUCGGACACUACACCUGCCGGCGCGACGGCCAGCGCCAGUGCCUGGACGGCUGGGCGGGCCAGUACUGCGCUCGGCCCAUCUGCGCUUCCGGCUGCAGCGCCGAGCACGGCUUCUGCGAGGCCCCCGGCGAGUGCGCGUGUCGUCAGGGCUGGCAGGGCGAGCGCUGCGACCAGUGCGCGCGCCACCCCGGAUGCCUGCACGGGACCUGCCGGCAGCCGUGGCAGUGCGACUGCAAAGAGGGCUGGGGCGGACUCUACUGCGACCAGGACCUCAACUACUGCACCAACCACAAGCCGUGCCGCAACGGCGCCUCGUGCACCAACACCGGGCAGGGUAGCUACACCUGCGCCUGCAGGCCAGGAUUCAGCGGGAACAACUGCGAGAUCAAGAACGACCUGUGCGACAGCGCCCCCUGCAGGAACGGAGGCAGCUGCAAGAAUUUGUCGGACGGCUACGUGUGCGUGUGUCCUCGGGGCUUCUCCGGCCCUGAUUGCGGCGCCGGCGGCGGCCUCCUGACGUGCGCCGACGAGCCGUGCUUCAACCGCGGCGUGUGCGAGGCGGCCACGUCGGGAGGCGGUGGCAGCUACACCUGCCGCUGCCCGCCGGGGUACGCCGGCUCCAACUGUGAGAUGAAGGCCAACCGCUGCAGCAGCAACCCCUGUGCUAACGGCGGCGAGUGCGUGGACUCGGGCUCCGACCAGGCGGGCGCGGCGGCGUGCCGCUGCCGCGCAGGUUUCGCUGGCCCCCGCUGCCAGACCAACGUGGACGACUGCGCCAGCAACCCUUGCCGCAACGCGGGAACCUGCGCCGACGGCGUGGCCGACUUCACGUGCACGUGCGCGCUGGGCUUUGGCGGCAAGGACUGCUCCUUGCGCUCCAGCCCCUGCGACCGCUUUCCGUGCCUCAACGGCGGCCGCUGCUUUGCCCACUUCUCGGGGCCCGUGUGCCAGUGUCCGCCGGGAUUCAUGGGGGCGCGCUGCGAGGACGCGCUCUGGCCCGCCGGGCCGCUGCCGCCGCCGCCUUCCGAGGACGCCUUCCCUGCCGCGCUGGCCGCCGCCUGCGCGCUGGCCGCCGUGACGCUGAGCCUCCUGGCGGCGGGCGCCGUCUUUGUCGCGCGCCAACUGCGGCGCGGCAGGGAGCUGGCGGCCGCCUCGGCGUCGGUCAAGAACAACCUGGAGGCCGUGAACAACCGAUUGGUGGCCGAGGACAGGGGACACGUCAAAGUGUCCAAUAAGGACGUGGCGCUGAGCGGGGACGGAGCCAGGCGCGGGACUGUCUUCAAAAACAAAAUGGCCACUGACUACAAGCAGGCCCUGGAGCAAAUUAGCAACAAGUUGGACAGAGUGGAGCGCGAGGAGGCGGCGGCAACUUUGCUGGCAGAAGUGCACUACCAGCCCGUCCUGGCCCUGCCCGAGCAGAUGGAACACUGCGUCUUUGCCACCGAGGUUUGACCUCCAGCGCGGCAAAGGAUUUUUCUUUGGAAGAAGCCGACGGAAUGAAAGAAAGCUUUUCCUCCUUUCUUCGCUUUUGCCGGCCGCGUUGCGGCCAAGAGAGAAAAAGCUCGAGGAAACCAAAGACUGAAUGUUGCGCACCCUUUGCACUUUUCCAAUCCGGGCCUCCGUCUUGCCGAGCGUGUCGUUAACCUGCGCCCGCCGACGACCGAGCGUCGCCGAUCGACAAAACGUGCGCGCGACAUGCCACUUUGCCUUCGUGGUUAUCUUUUCAUACCAAAAUGGUGUCUGUGGUGCCAGUGGGCGGGUCUUAAAUUCAGACCAUGCAAUGUGUGUACAGUUUUAUUUAAUUUCUACGUCAACGUGUACAUAGUUCCUAUUUAACAAAUGCAAUCCUCAUCUAUUUUCCUAAAUAAAUGACAAAAGCAAACUCUC